CCUAUCUGUUCUGAAACUACGUGGUUGAUACAAAAUAUCUCUACUAGCAUCUGAAAUGACCAAGAAAAGGAAUUCUUCAAAGAAAAAAGGCUACUAUGCUGUGGCAAGAGGCUACCAAGUUGGUGUCUACAGGACCUGGGAAGAGACUGAGAAGCAAGUUCUAGGCUACUCUGAAAAUCUGCAUCAGGGAUACAUCUACUACUCAGGUGCCAAAAAGUUCAUGACAAAGGCUGGGAUUCAUUCAUUCAAAGUAUUCGAAAAUGGAAAGGAGUACGAUAACGAAAUUUAUGAGAAACUUCUAAUGGAGGAAAAAACAAAGAGCACUCUUGACACAAGUGGAGAAAAUGGAGAAGCCCAAGAGGAUGAGGAAACACAGGCAAAAACACAAGGUGAAACAAGUGUGAAAGAGCUCUAUGAAGAGAAAAGUACUAAACCCAGGCAUGAACAUGAAGAGACAGAAAGGGCCUUGAGUACCCCCAUCAAACUACCAAGUAAAAGCACACCUGCGGCAACAACUACACCAAAGCAGACAUUCUUGCUUAAGGCUGAAUCAGUCAAGCAGAGAUGGUCAGAUAAUUGGACUGAGAACUUUACUUCAAUAAACAAUGCCCUUGUCAAUUUGGAGGCCAGCCAGACAGAACUCAUUAAAGUCUUACAGACAAACAAUGAGAGACAUAGUACUGAGAACAAAGAAAUGAGAGAUACUAUCAAGCUACAGGCAGAAAAGAUAAACAAUCUGAGAGAUACUGUCAAGCAACAAACAGAGAAGAUAAACAAUCUCACCCUUCAGAGUAACCUGCUGCAAACAGAGCUGAAUGAAAUGAAGAAAAUUGUAAAAGAGAAUGCAGAAAGAAUUGAAAAGAAAGAACUUGAUGAAACACACUCAAACUCACACCAACUCUCACAAAAUCAUACAAACAGUAUGAUUACAGAUGACUUUCCCAAAAACAAGACUUAUGCAGAUAUGGUAAAGACUACCAACACUGAAAGCCAAGCCCUACAGGGGACAAGUACUAGUAUGUGGAAAUCUACUGGAAAAGUUACUUCCCAAAAACAUUCCCUGAUACUGUCAGACUCAAUAUUUAGUAGGAUGCACGAGACCCGCACAAAAAGUAUGCUUGUAGAGCAGCAGUAUGUACGUGGUGGGGUAGAAGCAAUGAUAAAAGCUAUCCAAGAAUGUGAUAAAACAGACUUUGACAGUGUUGUGCUACAUACAGGGACUAAUGAUCUGAAAUACUUUGCAGAUGGCACAAUGACACCAGGGAUAGCAUAUGAUAAACUAGCAUCUACAGCUAAGAAGAAGUUUACAAAGGCUUCAAUCAUCAUGUCAAGUAUUCUUCCACGGCAAGACAAGAGUUACUAUGAAAUAAACAAUGUCAACAGGUCAAUUGAGAAAGUGUGUGAGAAACAAAAACUGAAAUUUCAAAAUAAUGACCCAGUUGUCUGUUAUAACUCUGGAAAAGUGAACAAAAGGAUGUUUCACGACAAUGUACACCUAAAUGAUAGACAUGGACUCCCUCGUCUACUACUUCAUACCAAACACUCACUAGGUGUGCACAGAUCUGGAAUUCCUCCUUUCCAUGAAGACAAUGACUGCAACACAGCAAAUGGGCAGAACAUCCCCGUCAUCAUACAGACCCGCAGAGAUGUCAAACCUGUUAAUCAUACCCAAGACACUUACCGCCGUCAGACAUAUGGAGACUCUGGACACUUACUCUCCCCUAAGUCACAUCAUCAACAUAGGAAUUGGGGGAAAACCAAUGUUUCAUGGGGAUACAUACGCAGAAGAGAACCACAGCUAUACAUCCAUGGCAGGCAGCCACGACAUGACAGGGAUGAGAGACAUUGGCCAUAUAGCAGACAGCAAAUCUUCUCAGGCACUCAUUUUGACACUCGCUCCUGGGAUUAAAUGAGUAUAUGUAAACAUGGUUGAGAAACAAAGAACUGGAAAAGUAUUAAGGAUAAGUAAUGUGUAUAAUAAGUAUUCCAAAUGUCCACGCCAUAUUCUUAUCAAGUCCAACCAACUCAGUAAGUACAAAAUGUUUUAACCAAUUAUUACUGUAAAAACAUAAGUUGUUCAAAACUG